AUGGAUAGCGGACCCUACGGAGAGGGUCCCGACGAUGACCGUGAACAAAUACAAUUAGGUCCGUGCAUAGGAAACGCAUUGCGUAUAUGUUAUGGAGAAGAUAUGGAAACUGAAUCAAACGCUAAUUUAAAUAAAUUAAAUAGUGAUGUUACACCUAAAGGAACAAUCAAUUCAGUGCAAGAAAGUGACGUUGUAGCAAACAACGAAAUGAAAACAAUAACAAAUCUAGAAACGACUCGAGGGAAAAACAGUGCUAGUGAAAAUCUCACAGGGGACAAACCUUCCCAAGAAACUAUUAAUAAUAAUGAGUGCCGAAGUAGUGUCAGGUGCGGACAUUGUUCGGGUAACCACAACUACAAGGAGUGCGAUAACAGGGAGGAAGAGCCCAAAUGUGCAUUAUGUGGCAAUGGACAUCAGGAAAUAAUGGAAUUUAAUAAUGCAAGUUAUAAUGAAGCAAAAAGGAUUUUAGAGAACCGCCCCUACGCAAAUAUAAUUACAACUAGACUAGACUUACAAAACAAAAAAGUUUUUCCCGAUAUUCAAGAUCACCAACAACGCACAAGAGAUAAAGAACCAGAAAAUACGGAAGUGAAUCAGCCCAAGAAACGGAGACUACACAAUACUAGCGUUGAGACACCAGCCAUAGACAACAGCAUUAAAAACUCUAAUAAUAACAAUAAAACAGAAAACGAUGCACGAAAAGCGUCACCUAAUAUAAAUAAAAUACCAUUUAAAAAAAAUGAAAACGUAAAUACGAAAAUGACAAAAGAGGACAACAGAGAUAAAACGAAAGAGAAGGAUGUGAGAACGACGAAUAUACAGAAAAGAGGAAUACAACCAAAUCCAAGCACAUCAGAGCAAAUAUCUCUGAACCACAUAAUCAAAAGACUAAAGGAUGUUUUUAACCCUACCAACCAAAAAAAUAAUCAAGUGCUAAUGGCCAUAAUUAAUCGGAUGGAAAGAGAUCAGAUAAACCUAACAAAUCCGAAAUGA